AUGCUCCGUCUUAUUUGCACAGCCUUGCUGGGUGUAAUUAUCAGUAUUUAUGUACUCAACAUCGAAAAGAUUCAACAACGAAGUUUGCACAUCUUGAUUGAAUUCUUAGGUCAUAUUGAAAAAUCGUAUUUUGAAGACAAACAGUUAAAAGACAAUAUCACAUUAGUUCAUACAAAUAAAACUGAAUACGAAUGUUUCAAUCAUCGAUAUAGAACUCGAAUCAUAUCACGAACACCAUUGAUUAUCUACAUUGAUAAUUUCCUUAGCUCGUAUGAAAUUCAACAUCUGAUCGAAUUAGCAACACCAUUGUUCAGUCAGUCGCAAAUAAAUGACAAUAACGGAAAGCGUCUUCAUGACAAACCCUACCGAACAUCGUCAACAGCAUUUAUUGAUCGUCGUGAAACACCUGUUGUUGAAUGUAUUGAACACAGAUUCGCUCAAUUUCAAGGAAAUCUUCAUCCAGAAUAUGUUGAGCCAUUGCAAGUGGUCAAAUAUACGUUUGGUCAAGAGUUUCAACCUCAUUAUGAUUGGUUCCCCGAAGAAGAUCUGACAACUGGUGGUCAAAGAAUCUCUACAUUUUUCACCUAUCUGUAUGCAAAUUGUUCAGAAGGUGAAACAGAGUUUAUCAACAUUCGUUUUGACAAAUCUUUACAUACCAAAUUCUGUGAUAUUUUGCUUUGCGACAGAAAGUCGCCGCAAUUAGGUCUUCGAUUUCGUCCAGUACCUGGAAAUAGCAUCUUUUGGUACAACAUCAAUCAACAAGGAAAAGGUGAACCCCUGACAUUGCACGCCGGUAGAUCACCCUCAAGAAAUGGACUAAAAAUUGGAUUAAACACUUGGACACGCUUGCAGCGAACUAUUUUCGCAAAAAGAGACGAUUCUGAGAGCUUUUAA